UUGUCCAGUUCUAUGAUAAUCGUAUUUGCACUAGUCAAUGUCUUCUCUAUUGCAUAACGAUACGUGUAAUCCAAACGAAGAUUUUAUUUAAUUUCAAGAAGAAUAAGUCAUUUGCGUUAUUUUUGUUUUGCCAUGGAGACUGCAAAGGGUAGAGGUCUGAUCCGGCAAAUAACACAUACAUACGUGCUUUUAUUUUAUUUCGUCAAAUUUCCUAACUCAAUUUUCUAAAACUUUCGUGUGAAACAUGGAACUCUCGUCGAAUAAAAGUGAAAAGACAGGAAAGAAAAUAAAGAAACUUUCCAAAUUCAUUUUGGUACUCGGUUAAUUUUAACUGUAUAUCAUAUGACUUAAUAUGGAAAUAAUAUAACUCAACUUUCGUUGACAAUUAGUAUCUAAUUUAUUAGUUACGGAUAAAGAGAACAUCAAACUUGAAUACGUGUAUAUUUUUCUAAUUAGAACAGAAUAGAUAAUGUUUCUUGUUUUAUGAAUCGCAGCAUACAUCCAUACAACGCCAUAUAUGCAUUUACGAUCAAUUUACAGACACAGUGGAGUAUUCGUCAUAAUUCUUAGUACGUAGAUUCUAUUCUGUACUAUAUAGAUAAAUUAAUACGUAUGUACCAUUUCUUUAGUUUCCUGCGUAGAGAUAUGAAAUUAUAUAGAAAUUCGCAGUCUAAUUAACGGAUGGAAUUAUCAAUCUCUCGAGAAUUAAUGCUCGUUCGCGGCAGUGACUUUCACCUAUUUAUUUCCUUGCCAUGGUUUUGAAUGGGCAAAGAUGAUUAUUUGAAUAACAUCUUGCGCGACUGUAAUGCAGAAGGACAAAGAUAUAAUAUUAAAGGAAAUUUGAAAUUAUAAAAAGAUUUAGAAAAAUUAGAAAAAGUAAUUUGUUAGCACAUAGCAACGUAGGAGGUAAAAAUCGGAACCGCAGUGAAGGCUGUUAACGUAUACUUGUAUAGUGUAGAAAUCGAUGAAACGAAUAGAAUCGUGAUUAUUAUUGCUGUGGUUAGGUGAUUUUUAUUCUAUAGUGUAUGUGUAACAAUACGUGAAAAAGGAUAGCAGGAGGUGAGGAACGAGGUGAGGAAAGAGGUACAUAUAUACCAGAUACGUACGUAUUACGUUACGUUACAGAAAUCGGACCAACACUAAUGGAUUACACACAGAUACCUGGUUCCCGUUAUUUACAUAUAUCGUAUAUGGGCGAUAAGACACGGAAACCUGUCUCGAGAACUCGUGUCAGCCAGUCGCUGAAAAAACAUCAAGAGGUCUACAUCUUCUGGUAGUACAUCAGGUGUACAUCAGACAUUUAAGAAAAUGUGUGAUGAGUGGAUGGAUAUUUCCAUAUACGUAAAUGACAUUACUCCACAGUGUCGUACCGUUCUAAUGGUGAUUAGUGAACUUCAGCUGAAGUUCGAUGUUCGUCAGGUUAACCUGGAGAAGAAGGAACAUCUAUCGGAGACAUUUUUAAAAAUAAAUCCUUUGCACACGAUUCCGGUGUUAAAAGAGCACGACUUUGUUCUUACGGAUAGUCACGCUAUCGCUUGUUAUGUGAUUGAUGAUUUGUCAAAUUAUGAUUAUUCUCUAUACCCGAAAGAUCUGCAGAUGCGAGCUCAGAUUCAUCAGUAUCUCAUAUUCGAAGCGGCGACAAUGUUCCCUCUUGUGAAACACACCUUGCUACCGAUAAUAUUGGGACAACAGUCUACUAUCACCGAAGAAAAGUUGAACGGAUGUAAAGAAGCGUUCUUGUACUUGGAUAAGGUUCUGGAAGGCAAGAAGUGGUUGGUCGGCAAAUCUUACACUGUCGCGGAUAUUAGUUGCGUAACUCUGGCCAGCAGUAUCUCUAUUCUGGUGGAUAUGGAUCAAUAUCCGAAUGCAAAGGCUUGGCUAAAAAGGUGCGAGGAAGAAAUAUUGAGCUACAAAGAAUGGAAUGUACCAGGACUUAAAAAAUUACAUCCACUUCUUACUUCCGCACUCCCCAAAUCCUAAAUAUAUAAAAUAUACCUAUAUAUGUAUAUAUAUAUAUAUCUAUAUCUAUAUCUAUAGAUAAAUAAGUAUCAUAUAUACAUAUAUAGAUAUAUAGAUAUAAUAAAUAUAUCUAUAAUCAGAGUGGAAGAGUGAGGUGAUUGCUCUGAUAAUAUGUGUGAAGUUCUAACAAUUUUUUCUUCUUUUUUAUAUAUCAUUUUUUAAAUUUGUAAUUUUGCUAUAAUUUGUUAUAUACACAGUUGUAUGACAAAUACUAAUAAAAAUACAUAUAUACUUA